AUGAGUCUUAACCUGGCCGCCGCUCGGUGCGGCGCCUUGCGCCAGCGACUUCCUCUCAAUGCUGUGCGUCAGUAUUCUUCUCAUGUGACUCCUGCCACAUCCCCUUUCGCUCCUCGUCAUUUCCUCUCCAUCGGUGACCUCUCCCCCGCCGAAUUCGCCGCGCUCGUCCGCAAUGCCUCUUCGCACAAGCGGGCCAUCAAGUCCGGCUCCGUCCCCCAAAACCUGCUCGGCGCCUUGACUGGGAAAACCGUGGCCAUGAUGUUCAGCAAGCGGAGUACCCGCACGAGGAUUUCCACGGAGGGCGCCGUGGUGCAGAUGGGCGGUCAUCCGAUGUUCCUGGGCAAGGACGACAUUCAAUUGGGGGUGAACGAGUCCUUGUACGACACGUCGGUGGUCAUCUCGUCCAUGGUCUCCUGCAUGGUCGCCCGGGUGGGCAAGCACGCGGACGUGGCCGACCUCGCGAAGCACUCCACGGUCCCGGUGAUCAACGCCCUCUGCGACUCCUACCACCCGCUGCAGGCGGUUGCCGACUUCCAGACCAUCUACGAGAACUUCACGCCCAAGGCCCAUCACCUGAACAGCCUAGGUCUAGAGGGCCUGAAGAUCGCCUGGGUGGGCGACGCCAACAACGUGCUGUUCGACAUGGCGAUCGCGGCCGCGAAGAUGGGCGUCGACCUGGCCGUGGCGACGCCGAAGGGGUACGAGAUCCCUGCCUCGAUGCUGCAGAUCAUUGCGGAGGCGGGCAAGUCGGCCCCCAAGCCCGGCAAGCUGAUCCAGACCAACGUCCCCGAGGACGCGGUCAAGGGCGCGGACGUCCUGGUGACCGACACCUGGAUCUCGAUGGGACAGGAAGCCGAGAAGAUCCAACGGCUGAAGGACUUUGAGGGCUUCCAGAUCACCCCGGAGCUUGCCAAGCGGGGCGGGGCCAACGAGGGCUGGAAGUUCAUGCACUGCUUGCCGCGACACCCGGAGGAAGUCAGCGACGAGGUGUUCUACAGCAACCGGUCGUUGGUGUUCCCCGAGGCGGAGAAUCGUCUGUGGGCCGCCAUCUCGGCCCUCGAGGGAUUCGUUGUGAACAAGGGAAAGAUUGAGUAA